AUUCCACUGGGAAUGAAGCGCCUCCCCUUUUAUCGCACGGUUGAGUUUCUCCCGGAGCUGUAGUCGCUCUCUUCACUCGCACAUUUGCCGUCAGUCGUUGGAGGAACUCCGGCGGAUGUCAGUUAUCUUGUUUUGUUCUAGAAAAGCUGCUCUUUCUCUUGUCCUUUUGUGGAAUAAAAAGCGCGAGCAGUGGGAAGUUUUGUCACUUCUCUGUGUCAUUAUUGUGAUCGACAUGAAGAAACGCGAAAUAAAGCAUCCAAAUUGGCUGAAGGACUGAAAUAGGCCUCCUGCCCUCACUCCACCACACACCAGUACGUUUGGAAGCAGAGCUGCCAUGGCCAAGUGGCUGAAAGACUACCUGAGCUUUGGCAGCAGGAAGAUUCCUCCACAGCCGCCCACACCAGACUACACCGAGAGUGAGAUCCUUAAAGCCUACCGGCUCCAGAGGGACCUGGACUUCGAGGAUCCCUACGAGGAAUCCGAAAACAGGUCCAGGGGCGAGUCUGGGACUUCCGACCCCGCCACACCUGUGUAUGGGUCUCCCAUGAAGUCAUCCACUGUGGACAUGAAAUCUCCCAAACACAGACUGAUCAAAGUGGACUCCCAGGAGCUGGGGCGCACCAAGAUCCUCCUUAGUGCCAUCUCUUUGGAGGACCAGCAAGAGCCUGUGGUGCCGUCUGCUCCAUUGGCAGGCGACACAGAUUAUUCUGACCCAUUCGAUGCUCGCUUGGACCACAGGUCGGAACCAGACCUCAGACCUGUUCCCUGCGAGAACAACGGCUACAUGGAACCAUAUGAGGCCCAGAGAGUCAUAACAGAGCUGCAGCGUGGCCCAGGAGGAGGACGGCCGCGGGGCGGGGUUCAGCUCUACGACACCCCCUAUGAAGAUGAACGAGGCCAGCGCCUGGGUCUAGUGUACGGGGAACCUCAGGAGGAGGGCAAGGAGAGCAGCAGGCUGCCACAAGAUGAUGAGAGACCGGCUGAUGAGUAUGACCAACCCUGGGAAUGGAAAAAGGAUCACAUCUCCAAAGCUUUUGCAGAAAUGAGGGAGUUGUCGGAGUUGCCCUGGCCUGCCCCAGUGGGUCAGCUGGAGGAGCCCCCUGUCAGAGAGCAAGUGCAGUUUGAUGGCGCAGAGUGGGACCGCUCCUCGUCGCCCACAGAGCGGUUGCGUCCCACAGGGCCCAGGUCCAGCCCGCUGGCAGGAGGGGGGAUGAAGUUCCGAAUGCCGCAGGAAGGCCUCGCCAUUGUUGGGGAGAGAGUGGACCCUACUCUGCCUCUGGAGAAGCAGGUAUGGUACCAUGGUUCACUGUCCCGUUUGGAGGCAGAGUCGCUGCUAACUCUAUGUAAAGAGUGUAGCUACCUGGUGAGGAACAGUCAGACCAACCGCUCUGAUUACUCCCUUUCCCUACGCUGCCAGGGUUUCAUGCACAUGAAGUUCACCCAGUGUAAAGAUGGCAAGUACGUGCUGGGACAGAACAGCCCUCCCUUUGACACCAUCCCAGAAGUCAUCCACUUCUACACCUCGCACAAACUCCCGAUCCGAGGGGCCGAGCACCUGUCCCUGCUGUUCCCCGUGCUGGUGCAGACACUCUGACUGACCCUGACACUCUUCCUGGUCCUCCAGGAAUUCGUUGUGAUUGGACACGUAAAACUUGAAUGUUUGACGGUAUCUUCCCAGCGGAGCGCUAGUUGUCUCUUCUUGUUGGACUGGACUACUUUUGAUGAUUCAACACACCAGGGGAUAAUGCCCUCACCCACCACUGCUGUUGUACCUGUGCCAAGUGUCUCUAACAUCCAGAGGGACUGAUUCACAUGAAAUGCAAUACCUGAACUUCAGGCCACCUUUGCUGUAACUCCCCUCUCUCAUCUCCUUGCUGAACCAAGGGGGCUGACUGUAAUGCAGAAUAAGUUAGCAGAGCUGUAGCUGCGAAAAAGUCUGUAUGUUCUGAAUGUACUGAUGCCCCAGUUUACAGAAGACCUGCAGACAAUUUAGAUUUAAUUACUGCUGUUCCAUAAAAAAACACCUCAUUGACACAGGUAAAAAUAUUGCUGUUGUUAGGUGAAAACCUCACAAGUCACAUUUAGCUGAUUUUUCAUGUUUAUACUAGAAUUAAUAAAUUCAAUUGUACUGUAUAACAUGUGAAACUUUUUUCAUCCUCUGGCUUGGGAGACCCUUUUGUAAAUGUUGGAAAAUUCACGUUUUCCAAUCAAAAAACCAAUGCUAUUUUCGAAAAUAUAAGGGUUUUACCAACAGCAGUUAUAUUUUAGAUGCUUUUCUACACAAAGCCACACCUGCUAAUUUUCAUCCAGUCUGUUCUGUACUGUCAUGCUGCUGUACGUUGAGGAUUUGCUUGAUAUAUCUCCAUGUUAUUUGUUGAUUGUUCAUCAUAAGCAACAGAGAAGCUGUGUUGUGGUGGUACUUGUGUUGACCUUUCUGACCUGUAUCUCUUGUUGGUUGCCUACGUUGCAUUUGGUAGACAAUACUGAGUGUGUAAAAAAGCAACCUGUCACUGCUGUCAUUGACUUUAUGCUAAGCUUUGAAGCUGAGCUGUAGGCUACAUAUGAAGCCAAGAAAUGCUAAUCAGCAAACACUGAACCCUCUCAAACAAACUCUCAAACUUUGUGACUGUUGGCCACAUUCUCACACUUCCUACAUAUUUGAUCGCAGAUUUUUCGUCUGGCCAAGUCAUUACAUGUUGGUGGCUGAGUUGUAUUUGAGUUAAAUGCUUGCCAUCUGGAAUGGGUUCCCAUGUGUGCUGCCUGGCUGCAGCGUUGUGUGACAAAAACUGAUUUUAGGAGAGAGACAAUUUCUACUAUUAUGACCAUUGGAAAUGACAAAUGGGAAAUGAUUUAAAUCAUUAUUUCUUAAUCCAAACAUCUAUAUAGACUUGGUUGUAUUAAUUGUUAUUAUUAUGGCCAUUUUGUCUCUAGUAAAAAAAUGAGAGGAUGUAUAAUUCA